CUACAACCAGUUAGCAUGUCGGAAAUGUCAGAGUUUCCUAGUUUCGACUAGCUCAUGAACUCAGCAUUAGUCGCCGUUUUUUGUUUGUUGUUGGUGUGGUGAGGUUGUUGGACCUUAACGUUACUCGCUAGAGAGAUUGACACAUUGACAGAGGUGGACAGCCUGUACAUUUUCUAUCAACUAUUCAAGCCACACAUUUUUCGACGUCUACAUUCAUGGACACUGGCAGUGCGAGCCUGCGAGUCAAACGUAAUAAAGUGGGAUGGCUAUUGUACCUACUCUGAAUGGAGAAUUUAUUAAUCGAUGCUUUGCUCUGUCACUCCACCAUGUUUUUUUUUUUCGUUUCGUCGGGAACAGGAACCCCCAAUUCCCCUUUCUCUUUUAGGCAAAGGACAAGCCUUUUAAAGAGUUCCUUUUUUCUAGUCUUACAAUAAUUAUGGAGCAGCACCACAUGGGCUGUGUGAACCUUUGUAGUCUCACGAGCACUCUACCCGUGAUCCCCUAUCAAAAGCUGACGGACUUGCAUUACCUGAGCAAAGGUGGGUUCGGAAGCGUGUUCAAGGCACAGCAUUCCGAUUGGCGGACCACCGUUGCCAUCAAGUGCCUGAAAUUGGAUUCUCCUGUUGGCGAAAGGGAGAGGAAUUGCCUGCUGAAAGAGGCGGAAGUGCUCCACAAGGCCAGAUUCAACUACAUCAUCCAGAUCUUUGGCGUGUGCAAUGAGCCUGAGUUCUUCUGCAUCGUCACCGAGUACAUGAGCAAUGGCUCUCUGGAUCAGCUGCUUCACGAUAAUAACCUUUACCCCCUGCUGGCCUGGUCGUUGAGGCUGCGUGUCCUGUACGAGAUAGCUCUGGGGGUGAACUUCCUACACAACAUGACCCCACCCCUCAUGCACCACGACCUCAAGACACAGAACAUUCUGCUGGAUGGAGAGUUUCAUGUCAAGAUAGCAGACUUUGGCCUGUCUAAGUGGCGCCAGCUGUCGAUAAGUAAAUGCUCGGGAUCCAAGCCACCUGAGAUGGGGGGCACCAUCAUCUACAUGCCCCCAGAGGAGUAUGAACCCUCCAAGAGCCGCUGUGCAGUCGUCAAACACGACAUCUACAGUUACGCUAUCAUUAUGUGGGAGGUGCUGUCCAGGAGGAUACCAUUUGAAGAGGCGACCAACCCCAUGCAGGUCAUGUUCAGCGUUCUGCGUGGGAUACGUCCCGACAUAGGCCUGGACUGUCUGCCAGGGGACAUCCCCAGCAGGGAGACACUCAUCAACCUCAUGACCUGCGGCUGGACCGCCAACCCUGACGAACGGCCCUGCUUUCUCAUGUGUGUGAUAGAGCUGGAGCCAAUGCUGAGGAGGUUUGAUGAAAUCGACAUCCUGGAGGCCGUGCUGGAAGUCAAGAAGUCAAAGGGAAGCUCCACCUCCGGCUCUGGGUCUUGCUCCUCCCAGGACACGGACAUCUCCCGACCGAGCUCCCUCACUAGCACCAAUGCUCCACCUUUUAAAGAAGUAUCCCCCACGUCGUUCAUGUCCCACAACCUGGAGCCCGUCAGAAAGCAGACCCUAGAGGACAACAACCUCAACGACUACCCCCAGAGUGCCAGGCCCCUGGAUAACCUCAAUAUUCCCCUCAAACCGGGCCUGCCAGAGACAGAGUGUGUGACGCACCUGGACAACCUCACCCUGAAGCCACAGCCAUACCAACCACAGCCAGGUUUCACCCUGCCAUCGAACCCCAUGGCAUGCUGGAUCGCGGCACGGCGCGAGGAGAUUGUCUCCAAGAUGACGGAGGCCUGCCUGAACCAGAGCCUGGAUGCCCUGCUGGCGUGCUCUCUCCUGAUGCGCGAGGACUACGAGCUGGUGGUGAACCGGGCCACGCGCACUGCCAAGGUCCGCCAGCUCCUUGACACCUGCCACCGUCACAGCGAGGACUUCUGCCGCGUGGUGGUCCGCAAACUCAAGGACAACAAGCAACUGGGCCUGCGGCCAUACGCCCCAGAGCUCAGCUCCCUUGAGGCCGCGCCAAACACCAGCGCACCCCCACUCUCGGUGUCCUACAUCAACCCAAGGAAUUACCAGGACAGAACUAGUCCAGAGAAGACCAGAGACCAGCAAGACUAUAAACUGUAAAAGACUUAGCUCAUUGAGCUACUCUAGGUGGUGGAAAAAUACCCUACUGUCUUUUAGUCCUUGGUCAUUUUCAUUAGGCAACAAAUGGAAGAAAAACUAACUUAAACAGGAAUGGACUACCUUAAUGUUUUCCUUUGCACAAUUUUUUUGAAACUUUUUUCUACAGUGUGCCCUAAUGAAUAUGACCCUGGGUUUUGACUGUGAACUUUGACCUUAGUGGGGGAUGAUAAAGCCCAGCUGUGUCUCACAUUGCUCAUGAUGGUACCUACUUUCCUGCCCACUCACACAGAGCAAUACUGCAUGUUACAUUUACAUUUUUAGUCAUUUAGCAGAUGCUCUUAUCCAGAGCGACUUACAGUAGUGAAUGCAUACAUUUCAUUUCAUGCAUUUUUUUUUUUUUGUGUACUGGCCCCCCAUGGGAAUCAAACCCACAACCCUGGCGUUGUAAACACCAUGCUCUACCAACUGAGCUACAGGGAAGGCUGCUGUGCUACUGUUCAUCAAACUGUUGAGCAAAAAACGACCUUUUGAAAAACAAAACCAUAUCAUGUUCACAAAAAUUCCCGUUCUCUAAAAAGCAGAGGAUGGGUUGGGAUUAACAAUCAAAAUCCCUUAGUAUUUAUCCAGGCUUUGAAUUAUUUAUAUUAUGGAUUUUAUGUCUUUUGUCUGGUAAAUAAUUUGGUUCUCUCAAAACAUUCCCUUUGUUCUGAGUGAUUGAGGUACAGGCCCUGAGUUUGAGUUCUGCUUCUAUGCAUCUUUCUGUUCUCUCCCCUCUGCACUGUUUUAUCCAGAUAAAUAUAUCCAGACAGACUGUGUAACAUCAUACUCACCUACAGUAAUGCUCUGGUUUUACUAUUUUUUGAGUGGACAGUUUAGACUCAUCUGUAGCUCUCCAGGUCCGAUAAGAUACUCGACUGGAGUUCUGCCGUGUUGAGGUUACUGUAGCUUGGUCUCAACUGGAUCAACCCCCAUACCCUUUCUGUUUGUCAAAAAAAGCCAUGUUUUUAUUUCUCUUAUAGUCUGUGCUCUUUCUGUUCAUAGGAGCUUUAGUUGACAUAGGAUGUGCCAAAGCUGUUGAGGCCUUAUCAUUUAUAUGAUAUGUACAUCCCCAUACCAUUUAUUCAGAAUGUAGUCAGUGGAUUAAUCCUUGGCCUUUGUCUUGACACGUUUACAUAUGGGGACAGACGAAUGACCCCGAAAGAGGAAAAUAAGGUAGCUAAUGUAGAUCAGAGUUUACCAAGCAAUUUACAGGUAACUGCCAAAAUAAAGGAAACACUUUAGUAAAUGAGGGAUACAAAGUAUAUUGAAAGCAGGUGCUUCCGCACAGGUGUGGUUCCUGAGUUAAUUAAGCAAUUGACAUCCCAUCAUGCUUAGGGAAAUGUAAUUUUAUUUUUUAGCUACCAUGGCUAGAAGAUGGCUCAGUGACUUUGAAGGGACUACUCCAUUGCACAGUGACUUUUAAAGAGGGGUCUCAAAGGAGCAUAGGGGUUUUAAAGUGUGUGUGUGUUUUGAAUAUUUAUGGUAGAUUUUGGAGUGGCGCCUGAGAAGGUGUUUUCCGCCACCAUCAACAACGCACCCUAUAAUGGAAUUUCUCAUGGAAGAAUGGUGUCGCAUCCCACCAAUAGAGUUCCAGAAACUUUUAGAAUCUAUGCCAAUUCGGAUUGCAGCUGAUCUGGCAGCUCGUGGUGGCCCAACGCCCUAUUAAGACACUUUAUGUUGGUGUUGUCUUUGUUUUGGUAGAUCUAUCUGUAUCUAUCUUGGUACUCUCCUUGGCUCUAAUGGUCUAUAUUAUGGGCUGUUUCUGUAUACAUGUUUUGUCUAUAAAGGAGGUCAUGGCCCAUAGCUUGUUACAAUGUCUGUUUGCGUUACAUGUUUUGGUACCGACUAGUGAAUGGCUAGAGCAGGCUUGCCAAUUGCUAUGCAAAAUAUAAACUCAGCAAAAGACCUUGUCUUUCAAAUAUAAUUCGUAAGGGCAAUAAAUUGCAAUGUCCGUACUGUGAGACGCCUAAGACAGGAUGGACAGCUGAUCGUCCUUGCAGUGGCAGAGCACGUGUAACAACACCUGCACAGGAUCGGUACAUCUGAACAUCACACCUGCGGGACAGGUACAGGAUGGCAACAACAACUGCCCGAGUUACACCAGGAACGCACAAUCCCUCCAU